AUGUAUUCUCUCAACAACCUCUCCGCGCCCAAUAGCUCUCACAACAAGCUGUCCACCGAUUACCUCCCCAGCGAAUCCACCACCUCGCUGUCGCACGCGCCCUUCCUCGGCAACAGCCAGCAGCAGAACGCCUUCUACGGGGGCACGUACGCGACGAAAGAGGGCCAGCCCCGCACGUAUCUGCCAGCCCCGCGCCGCGCCGCGGCUCGAGGUCGCCCUUUCUACAAGCGCCCGUGGUUCUGGAUCCUUGUGGUGAUUGUGAUCGCGGGCGCAGCAGCGUUGAUCAUAUACUUGGCGGUCAUCCGCCCCAAGCACAACGACGGCGCGAAAAAUUCGUCGCCAGCGAACAACGACACAGCUGCGGCGCUUGCCGUCCACAUGGGCGGCGAUGGCAGCACCGUGACCAUGGAGGACGGUUCGACGUUCACGUACGCGAACAAGUUUGGGGGAUACUGGGUCUCCAACCCGCGUGACCCGUUCGACAACUCUGCGCGGCCGAACUCGUGGACCCCGCCGCUGAACCAGAGCUGGACGUGGGGCAAAGACCGCGUGAACGGCGUGAACAUCGGCGGCCUCUUCGUGCUCGAGCCCUUCAUCUCCCCCGCGCUCUUCCAGGAUAACCCGGGCACGGCCGACGAAUGGACGCUGUCCGUGGCCCUCGCGGCGAAGGGCAAGUUGCAGGAGACGCUUGAGAACCAUUACGACACGUUCAUCACCGAACAGGACAUCGCUGAAAUCGCGGGCGCCGGCCUCAACUGGAUCCGCGUCCCGAUACCUUUCUGGGCUAUCGAGACCUGGGACAACGUCGGCACAGAGAAAGGGCAGACCGUUGCGGAGCCGUUUUUGGCCCGCGUGUGCUGGAAAUACAUCCUCCGCUUACUGGGGUGGGCGCGCAAGUACGGUCUUCGUGUCCUGCUCGAUCUUCACACCAUUCCCGGCUCACAGAACGGCUACAAUCACUCUGGCAAGCUCGGUUCGCUCAACUGGCUUCACGGCGUUAUGGGGCUUGCCAAUGCGGAACGCUCUCUUGAUUACAUCCGCACCCUCACAGAGUUCUUCUCCCAGCCCGAAUACCAAAGCCUCGUUCCUGCGUUUGGUAUCCUGAACGAGCCCUUCGCUCGCACUAUUGACCAGAACACGCUUUCCUCGUUCUACCUCGAGGCUUACAAGAUGGUCCGCAACAUCACGGGUAUUGGCGAGGGCAAAGGCCCUUACAUUUCCUACCAUGACGGGUUCAUCAACCCCUCAUCAUGGGUUGGUUUCCUCGAGGGUGCAGACCGGAUCGUUAUGGAUACGCAUCCCUACUUCGCGUUCACCGGGAAGGCUAAUCGAGACCCGGUGAACGUCACCGCUACUGGAAGCACGGAUCCCUCCCAGAUGGGUGGCGUUUGGCCCAAAACGGCGUGCGACUCCUUCUCGCCACUCCUGGACAAGGGACGCAAAGGCUUCGGCGUGACCGUCGCCGGCGAGUUCAGCAACGGCUUCAACGACUGCGGCCUCUUCGUCGUCGGCGUCAACUCCUCCACGCACUACGGCCCCGACUGCGACUACUGGCAGGACCCGGCGAACUGGUCGGACGCGACCAAGGCCGGCAUCCUCAACUUCGCGCUCGCCUCGAUGGACGCCCUCGGCGACUGGUUCUUCUGGACCUGGAAGAUCGGCAAGUCCACCGCCGGCGUCGUCGCCUCCCCGCUCUGGUCGUACCAGCUCGGGCUCGCCAGCGGGUGGAUGCCGGCGGACCCGCGCACGGCCGAGGGCGCCUGCGGGAAGUUCGGCGCGACGGGCGACGCCUUCGACGGCGCGUUCCAGCCGUGGCAGACGGGCGGCGUCGGCGCGGGCACGAUCGUGCCGGGCGCGCUCGCGGCGGUGCCGACGUGGCCCCCCGCGCUGAAGGACCUGCCGGAGGGGGCGGCGGACGCGGCGGUGCCGCGGUACACGAGCACGGCGAGCGCGGUGACGCUCCCGCCGAUGGAGGUCGCGACCGCGACGGUGACCGCGAGCGUGGGCAGCGGGUGGGCGGACGCGGCGGACAGCGGGCCGGCGGUGACGGCGAUCGCGGGGUGCGCGUACCCGAACGCGUGGAACGGGGUGGGCGCGCAGGUGCCCGCGUCAGGGUGCCAGCCUGCAGCUUGA